AUGGACCCGCCCGCCGCUCAGUUGUGCGCAGCAUGCACCAAAGUGAUCCAACAAAUUUCUGUACACGACCCCAACGGCUUAGGAGACCGUCACUUAUCUGAUCUUGCGGCUUCCGCAUCCUCCUGCUCCCUUUGCUACCUCACAAAAAAAGCCUUCGAAGAUGCAGGCUACGAGAAGGACCUGGAACCUCGUGACGAUGAGGAAGGCCGCCGGCUGCUGGAAGCACGCUAUCUCCAGUUCUGGGUUCGGCCGGCCGAUGUGAAAGACGCCGUCGACUACACCGAUGACGACAUGCCGGGCAUAUGCAGCCCAGCAGCCACAUCCGGCAAAGUCUACUCAGGCCCAAACAUCACCUCCUCCGGCUCACCCUCCUCUUUUGCCCACAUCAACAACCUCAUCUCCGGCUGCAUCGCCCAACACCCCGAGUGCGCCCUCACCCUCGACGGCACCCUAAUCGACGAGUCCCAGCCUCCCGCCCUCCCCACCCGCAUCCUCGACCUCGGCGACCCGAGCCUCUCGUCCCCCUCGAUCCGCCUCCUCGAAACGCAGCCAGGACAACGGGGCCACUACGCCGCCCUCUCCUACUGCUGGGGCCCACCCUCGUCCCACCCGCCGACGACGACCAGCGCGAACCUCGCCGCCCACACCGCGGGCAUCGCCGUAGCCAGCCUCCCCGCGACGUUCCAGGACGCCGUCCAGGCAACGCGAGAGCUCGGCCUCCGCCACCUCUGGAUCGACUCCCUCUGCAUCGUCCAAGACAACGAGUCCGACUGGCGCCGCGAAGCCGCCCGCAUGGGCCCCGUCUACUCGCGCGCCCGCGUCGUCCUCGCCGCCUCCGACGCCGCCACCCCCUCCUCCGGCAUCUUCCGCCAGUACCCCGCCCGCCCCGCCGUCACGCUGCCCUUCCUCGACGCGGCCACCGGCGCCGCGGCCGGCGUCGUGCGCGCGGAGCUGCGCCCGCCCGCCGCCGUCCUCAGCCCCGACUCGGAGCACGCCCCGCUCAACGCCCGCGCCUGGGCCACCCAGGAGUACGUCCUCGCCCGCCGCAUCGUCUACUUCACGCGGGGCGCCGCCGUGUGGAGCUGCCGCCGCUGCCGCAAGCGCGCCCUGUGGGACGACGGCGUGCUGGACUACGCGUACGGCCGCACAAAGACGGACUGGGCGCGCCUGGUCACCGAGUUCUCGACCAGGCAGUGCGCGGUGCUGACGGAUCGGCUGGUCGCGCUGGGCGGCGUGGUGGAAGAGCUGGCCAGGCUGAGGGGCAGCGGCAAGCAAGAGCUGCCCGAGUGCGUGUACGGGCUGUGGACGGAUGCGUUGGCCACCCAUCUCAUGUGGUCGCGCCUCGGCCGGCCGGGCGAGCUGAGCAGGCCGCCUGAGCUGAAGGGCGUGGCGCCGACUUGGUCGUGGGCGUCGACCCUCGGUGGCGUGGGCCUCAUGUCGGAGGAGAGAUACAGUGACGACGGCCCGGAGGUGCGUGCGCAGUUGGCGGUCGAGAGUGGCGGGGAGGACGAGGGAAAGAAGCGGAGGAUCAGGAUUAAGGGCAAGCUGGGCCGCGUAGAGCUGCGGAUCAUUGAGAAGCCCAGUCCGUACCUGCAUCCGUGUGACUGUGAGGUCCGGGGCGAGGAGGGCGGCGAUAUUGUUGGACUGGCGGCGUCGGAUGUUGGCCUUGGUGAAGGCAUGGAUUCGGCGAGCGUCUUUUGUCUGGUCGUCAUGUUCCAUCCGCACAACUUUGAGAACGGAUCCUACCUGGUGUUGUAUUUGCGGCCACGGGAGGAGAAGUCGGAUGAGUAUGUCCGCAUCGGGAACGGCAUGAUCAUGAACAAGGAAUGGGUCGAGGGGCUGACCGAGUCGGAACUGUAUUUGGUAUAG